ACCCUGCAUUGCAAUUCGUGCUCAAUAAAGAGCCUAGUUGUCGGUCCAUCUCGAUUUUGACACAAAAGACUCCAACUUCUCUUCUCUUGACACGCUUCUCCCGGUAUCCCUCUCCAAAACCCCAAAUCAAAAGAACCGACCAGGGUUUUGGGAGGCUUUAUCGUUCAUGCAAAAAAAUGAGCUUCAGAAACUGUUCGAAAACCCGGCUAACUCUGCACCAUUUAUGGAAGCAACAAUCCGUUGUUGAUUCCAUCGGGGCCCCGACAUUCCGAACCCACCACCGCCACCAACAAGCAAAAGUCUAUUCUCGAUUCCCCCAAUCUGUUUACAGAAAAGCCAAAGAGACUGAACUGUCGAUACGCACUAUAACAUCACUGCCGUUCUCCUCCUGGACUAGCUUGACAGCCGCCGUUAAGGUCGGGUUUGUCGGGAGGUACUUGGAAUUGUUGAAGACCCGGCCCAUUCUCACCAAGAGCGUCACCUGUGCUGUAAUUUAUACCGCCGCCGAUUUAUCAUCGCAGACACUUUCAGGUUUAUCAUCCUUGGAGCAGUAUGACAUUCUAAGGACACUACGCAUGACUGGUUAUGGGAUGUUGAUUUUAGGACCUUCCCUGCAUUUUUGGUUCAACUUUCUUUCAAGGGCUUUUCCAAAGCAAGAUCUUAGAGCAACCAUUACAAAGAUGGCAUUGGGCCAGACUGUAUAUGGACCUAUUAUGACUGUUGUUUUCUUCUCCGUAAAUGCUGCUUUGCAAGGUGAAAAUGGAGAUGAAAUUCUUGCACGGCUAAAACGCGAUUUUAUCCCCACAAUGAAAAGUUGUGUUAUGUACUGGCCAUUGUGUGAUUUUAUCACAUUCAGAUUUAUCCCUGUCCAUCUUCAGCCGCUCGUGAGCAACUCAUUUUCAUAUGUAUGGAAUGUGUACUUAACUUACAUGGCGAGCAAAGAGAAAGCAACCACAGAAUGACUUGACUCUACAGCAGCUUCUGGUUACUCUCCAGCUACCUGUUGGAUGACAAAGCUAUUUUGUUCACCAAUAUUUGGAUUUUGGAACAUGAGGGUGUAAGUUUUGUAUUUUAUUUUCUUUCCCUUGGCACAUAACAAGUGCUUAUUAGGAACGCAUACUGGGUAUUAUUUUGUACGAAAUAUUAGUAAAUCUUUGAUUAUCUUUUUUUUGCAUUUUUGCAAAUUGUGUCUCAUCAACGUUUAUAGUUUUUAUCCUGCCUUUUAGAUGUAUUCAUGUAUUUGACUGCUUUUAGUACUCGAACAC